AUGUGGGCAGCAGACUCUGACAGCCUCACACAGCAGAGCCUGUCUGACGGAGAGGAGCAGCUGGACCGCCUCCAGCAGGCGGAGCUCACUCGAAACACAUGCAUGUCACUGUGGAGGGCAGGUGCAGUCCAAGCCUGGCUGGAGGUUGUCAUGGGAAUGCCCAUGUACACCCGAGCCUGCUCUGAAAACGUCAAAAGUGGCAAGGUGCUGCUAGGCCUGACAGAUGAGGAUUUGGAGCUGGGUCUGGGUAUCAGUAACCCCAUUCAUCGCAGGAAAUUAAGACUGGCCAUUGAGGAUUACAGGAGAGCUGAAGGGGACCAAGGACUAUCAAAAGCGUCAGAGAUGGACCAUCACUGGGUUGCAACGUCAUGGCUGAGUGACGUGGGCUUGCCUCAGUACUCCCAGACCUUCCAGACUCAUUUAGUGGACGGGCGAGUGCUGAACUCUCUGAGCCGCAGAGACCUGGAGAGAUUCCUCAACAUCAGCGACCAGUACCACCAGACCAGUCUACUCCUGGCAAUCCAGCUCCUGCAGAUUCUCUGUUUUGAUAAAGAGGCCCUGCAGGUGCGGCGAGCGAGAUGUGAGCACCAAGACCGGGACCCCAUCGUUUGGACAUGUCACAGAGUAAUGAAGUGGAUCAGAGACAUCGACCUCAAGGAGUUUGCAGACAAUCUUCAGGGUCAAGGCAUUCAUGGAGCUGUGAUGGCUCUGGACCCGUCCUUUGAUACAGACGCCAUGGCCAAAGCUCUGGGGAUCCCCAGCAACAAACACAUGCUGCACCGGCACCUGUAUGAAGAGAUGAAAUCACUCGCCGUCCCUCACAGUGCAGAGCAGGGCAGUGAGGUUAUCGGUUCCUCAUCGCCUGUGGCUGUUAACCGCUUUGCUGAGGAGAGGGCGUCUAUGAGAAGAUCAGUCAAGAGUCCGCUGAGGUUACGUGCGAACAGCCACUCUGUGGAGAGAGGUCUGGGCUUCCACGGCAGCUGCGGCUCUCUGCCCAGAGAGGCCAGAGUUCAGGCCAUUCCCCGGGCCAAAGGCAGCCCCAUGCACACCUACAAGAGUGUCGAAAUCACCAACGUCUGAAGCGGCCUCAGCCAUCGACAUCGCACACCUUGUCACUAUUGUUUACAUUGUAAUUGUAUAAUAGUGGUUUGCUACUGAGAGCGACCUGCCGGACUUUGAAGAGGAAGUUGUCUUAAAGGGGUGUACCACUUGAUUUUAUCACUCAGACAUACGACCAUUUUGGCCAAUGUAAGAAUAACAUAACUCUGAACAGAGACCUGAUGGAGCUGUUGGAAAUAUAAUGAAGAGGAAGAUGAAUUUUUGGACAUUUUUUAAAAAGAAUAACCUACAAAUAGAACUGAACACAGUGUUGUUCUCCUUUGAUGCCUUAUAUGAAAUAGGUCUUGCAGCACUGAUGUUUACUGCUCUUCUUUUUCAACUGUUUCUAACGUGUCAGUUCAUUAUCUUUCGCUGUUGCACAUGUAAGCACAUGAUUCAUUCUGCUUGAGGUGACGGAGAAAAAAAAAGGUCAUUUAACUUUUAACUGCCGCAUAUCUGCUGUUCUUCCACUGAGGAGCGCUCAACUGUUAUCUGAUGUUGUUUCGGGCUAAAACUUCCUCUGAGCCUCUCCUGGUUCAACAAGUUUGUCAUCACAAUCACUAUUAUUAUUGAUCUAAUAGAUGAUAGACCUUAGUUUCAGACAGCAUUAUAACAGAUGAAAUUUGGGCAUGUGGCUGAGCUAACUUUGUCACAAAAACGGCAAAGAGGAGCAACUCUUAUGGAACUGCUCAUUCCAGCACAUAAGAAAAUCUUUAACAUUAACUUUUAAAAACUGGUAAAAACACAUCUUCUCAUUAGUGUCCCAUAAUCAUUUAAUUCAAGCACUUAGUUUUUCAUCUGACUGUAAAUAUUGAUAGAAUGUUAUUGAAAAAAAACAUCCUCUGUAUGUGAUACGCAGAUAAAACAUACAGCUGAAUGUUGGGUUUUGAGAGUGACAAUGAGAAAAAAUCAAGCAAAUGGACUCCACAUGUUUAUGCUGUAUAGGCACUGAAAAAAAGCCAGUACUCUUACUUAUAUUAUGAGCUGAAUGGAGAGAAUGUAAUGGUCUGUUUUGUACAGUUUAAUCCUGUUUUAUAACACACAGUCGUACACACUCUGCUGUUCCUGAGCAUGAAAACGCACCUCGUGCGCAGCUGAAAGCCUGAGGUCAAUCCAAAAAGCAGAAAACAGGUUUGUCUGCCUCUUUCUGGGCGUCUCCUUCAGUCACCAAGAGCAAAGUUGUUUAAGCGGGAAGAUUAGAUCAGUUCAAAACCUGUACAGAAACAGAAGGGACGGACUCAGAUGUUUGUGUUAAUCUGACGUUUACUGUCUCUCUUCAGCCACCUGUCAGAGCUUCUCAUGUAUGGCAACAUUAAAGGUGAAAUUAUU